UAGCUUCUCUUGGGGUAGCUAUCUAUGGGAUUUUACUUUUGUUGACCUUGAGGAUACGUGGAAUAAGAUAAAUCAUUAUUUAUCACUUCCUCAGCGUGGUCAAACUUUAAAGUAUUCCGUCUCAGGAUUUACGGCUCCAAUUAGGAUAUGGAUAUAUGAGAUGAUUCCGGCUGUUCGUGCAUGUGGAUUUGCAUUGAGAAAAAAUAAAGACUUGCCUCGGAUGAAAAGAUGGAGCGGAACAAAAAAAUUGAAAUGGGUUGACGUGAACAAGAUUUGGUCAAAGAUGCAGGAGGGGCUACCACCAAGACAAAACAUGUUACCGGGUGAUGGUGAGAUGACAUCUUUUUAUUAUAUGUCAUUUCAAGAGUAUGUAUAUGGUGAAGGGAAAGCAGUUCCAUCCCCAGUACGGGACCAUUUUAGGAGACAAGACGAAUCUUCGUCUAGUAUGUCGUCCAGUGGUCGCUCUCAUGGUAGAGGUCGGGGCAGUGGGAAACACAAGCUAGACGAGUUGUUGAAACGGGUACAUGCACUGGAGCAACAUGUGUUUAUGAAUCAACAAAAACCUACAGAGGUUUUUCUGUAG